AUGGCACAAAAUCAAAUUGAUAUGGACAUUGAUGUCCAUGUAGACCAUACAAAUACAGAUAGAGAUGAUUCUUUAUCUCAAGACUCAGACUAUUCAAGACCAGCCUCUUUGGCACAAGACAAUAUUAGCCAAUCUGAAGCUAAAAUGCUUGAGAUUGCUACACAAAUGAAAAAUGCUCUCACUUCAAUGGGAGAAGCUGUAGACCAGAGACUUAAAAACAUAGAAAGAAGACAAGAUAUAUUUGAAAAUAGAAAUUCAAAUUCUACUGACAUACCUAGUAGUAAUUUAUCUUAUGAUGACCAGACCUCUUCAUAUAGAAUGUCAAAUACAAACACUAUCAAAGUGAAACCUCCAACUUUUGAUGGUACUGAAGACUUGAAUGAAUUUUUAAUAUCAUUCCAAAUUUGUAGUGAUUUAAAUAAUUGGAACAUUAGAUCCAAAGGAUUAUGCCUAGCUAGCUGUUUAAAAGGUGAUGCCCGAUCAAUGUUGACUGAGAUUGAUACAAGAGACCAUUGUGACUAUAAACUGCUAGUUGACCUACUUAACCAACGUUAUGGUCCAGCCAAUAGAACAGACAUUUUUAAAGCCAAACUUAAAACCAGAGUAAAACAAAAAGGGGAGACAAUUUCUCAAUUGUCACAAGAUAUAUACAGACUGACCAGAAACACUUAUGCCAGUGCUUCUAAAGAAGUAAUUGAGGCCAUAGCCUUAGAUCAUUUUAUUGAUGCUAUUACAGACUCAGAGAUUAGAUUAAGACUAAAGGAAAUAUCACCAAAAACCCUAUUAGAAGCUGAACAAGCAGCUAUUAGAUUAGAGGCUUUCCGUACAGCAGACAAACAAAGAAAUAAAUUAGUAGCAUCAGUCACUGACCCAGAACAGGAAAGAAAAUACCUAAAACUUGAUACCAUUUGCAAAUCAUUAGAGUCAAUUAAUAGAGACUUAAAUGACCUUAAAAGAGAUCAAUCUAACAGAUCCAUGACAAAUAGACAACAUGUUCCAAACAAUCAUUUCCAGAGAUCUAGACAAAACUUGCCCAGAUAUAGUAAUAACAAUCAGACAUACAAUGCCCACAGUAACAGAAAUAAUAGAAAUGAAAACUCCACAAGAAGACAAAAUUAUAAUCAGUCGGGAAACGCCAACCAAUCGACCUGGUGGCACACAAGUCGAUACAAUCAUAAGGGCCGACAAUCCAAUCAUUAA